AUGGUUGUGGUCCUCGUCGUCCAAUAAUGUAUAGUCGUCGUCAUCAUCAUCAUCAUCUCAUCGUCGUCCAAUGACACCAAUGUUCAGUUCAGCCCAUCCAUUUCACACCACACCUCCACUAUCCAAUCCACCGCCGCCUGUGGACGCAGUUAGUUGCCCAGUCCAAUCCACCCCACUCGCCACGGCGGUUUGGCUGUUGCUUUGCUGUUAUUAGCUUGGACAAAAAAAAAAAAAAGAAAAUACUCCCAAUGAAAAUAACAUUCCUUUUUUUUUUUUUUUUGGGUUUUCGGCAUCAAAUAAACCUCGUCCUUCCCCAUUCCCCAAAAUAUCAUCGCCAUUCACACGCAGUUUCUAUCUCAAAUUCAUUCUGCCCUCCUUGUUUUUCCCAGUUACGAACUCCGCCUCGCCUCCUGAAAGAAAGUCUUUGCAGGCCGUGAUAUGAUGCUGGGGUGGUCCGCAUCUUGUAUCUGUACUACUAGUAUGAUAGUAUCAAUAGUGUUUGCUGUGUCGCUGUAUUGCUGCUGCUGCUCCCCCGGCCUGCUUGCGCUUGCCCAACGUACUCAUCCCUCUGAAGUCUCGGCCUUGCAUGCUAUCGCCAUCAAUCUAAUUGAUACCAACAAUGUUCUCGAGAAUUGGAGGAAAGGAGAUCCAUGCAUAAAAAACUGGACCGGAGUUCUAUGUUUUGAUGCAUUUGGAGCAGAUGGGUACUUUCAUGUCAGGGUGCUCCUCCUAAUGAAUAAGAAUCUCUCUGGAACUUUAGCCCCUCAGCUUGGUCAAUUAUCUCAACUUCACAUCUUAAACUUUAUGUGGAAUCACCUGACUGGCAGCAUACCUAAGGAGAUUGGAAAUAUUGCGUCGCUGAGACUUCUGCUCCUGAAUGGAAACAAAUUAUCAGGUUCUUUGCCAGAUGAGCUUGGCUAUCUAUCAAAUCUGGAUAGGUUCCAGAUAGACGAAAACCAGUUAUCUGGGUCAAUACCAAAAUCUUUUUCAAAUCUGCAUCGAAUUAAACACAUUCACUUCAACAAUAACUCGCUCAGUGGUCAAAUCCCUCCUGAACUUUCUAACUUGACAACAGUUGUUCACUUGCUUUUGGACAAUAAUCACCUAUCAGGGUAUCUUCCUUCAGAGUUUUCCACUUUUCCGCAAUUGUCCAUACUUCAACUUGAUAACAACAAUUUCAGUGGUGCUGAAAUUCCUGCUGCUUAUGGAAAUCUAUCAAAUUUAGUUAAACUAAGUCUCAGAAAUUGUAGCUUAGAAGGACCAAUUCCUGAUCUCAGCUGGAUAAAAAUCUGAGCUAUCU